AUGGCAGCGGUGGCAGCAGCAGCAGCAGACGACCAAUCCACUGCACAUCUCAAGUCCACCGGCCUACCACUGACGCGCGAUUCUAUCGCGGAUGCAGUCGAGAAAGCGGCUCCAGGCGUCGUCAACAUCACGAUCUUCGCCCACCAUCAGCCAGUUAGCUCCGGAUCGGGCUUCAUCAUUGAGCCGACAGGGCUCAUCGUGACCAACGCGCACGUCGUGGCCAACCUUGGUCGGUACUCCGCUAUCACGGUGACGCUCGAGAAUGGCCAAAAGUACACGGCCAAGGUGCACAGCACCGACGCCAAGUCGGACCUGGCGCUCGUGCAGAUCGAUGAGCCUGUGACCAAGUUGCCGACAGUCGCCAUCGGAUCGUCGUCGAGUUUGCGUGCUGGCGAGUGGGUCAUCGCUCUCGGGAGUCCGCUCUCGCUUCAGAACAGCGUCAGCGCAGGCAUCAUCAGCGCGACGGCGCGGCUCAGCAGUGAGCUCGGGUUCUCGCCGUCGAAUCGAGCCGAGUUCAUUCAAACGGAUGCCGCCAUCAACGUGGGCAACUCGGGUGGCCCGCUGGUCAACUUGGACGGCCAAGUCAUCGGCAUCAACACGAUGAAGUUGGCUGGAGGCGUGUCGGGCAUCUCGUUUGCCAUCCCGAUCGACGGAGGCAUGGAAGUCAUCGAUCAAUUGCGCAAGCACCGCACCGUGGCGAGACCCUACGUCGGCAUGCAAAUGGUGCAGUUCACCCGCGCGGUGCUUCCCGAGAUCGCCAAACUGUACCCGACGCUGUCGCAAGGCGUCGUUGUCAGGUCCGUGGCUCGUGGGUCGCCCGCGGAAGCUGCCGGCAUUCUUCCAGGCGAUGUCAUCAUUGAGUUUGCGGGGUCCAAAGUUGCGUCCAUCAAGGACGUGCUCUCCGCACUCGGGUUCAACGUCGGCCGCAAAAUGUGCAUGAAGGUCCUCCGCGACGGCAAGGGCGAUCCGCACACCGUUUGCUUCGUCACAAAGGACGCGUCUACGUGCUAA